AUGGCCUUCACUCAGGCCUUGGUCACCCUGCUGGCUUUGCUUCCCGGGACCCUGCCACACACACUCGAUGAGAACUCAGCUCCUAAAAAGGCCAACGGAGAAAAGUGUGUCCACCACACCCAGUGCUUGAGUGACUGUUGCCUCAUAGACCUGGAAAGAAGCGGGGCCUUCUGCACCUCCAAGUCCCGGGUAGGCAUGGCGUGCUUGCCACAGACCAAGGGGAGCCUGAACAUCAUGUGUCCCUGUCGAUCUGGCUUAAGCUGUCAUUCUAAAGACCCCAUAUGUCCCCGUCGCUGUCAAAUGAUAUAG